AUGAUGAUGUUGUCUGGUAGUGAGACGGACGACGAGGACAGCAUGGACUCCCCCCUGGACCUGUCAUCCAGCACGGGAGGUAGCAGUGGGAAGAGGAAGAGGCGUGGGAAUCUACCCAAGGAGUCGGUGCAGAUCCUCAGGGACUGGCUCUAUGAACAUCGCUACAAUGCUUACCCCUCUGAACAGGAGAAAGCCCUGCUCUCAAAGCAGACGCAGCUCUCCACACUGCAGGUAGGCUAACUAACGAGCCGCAUCAAUCUAAAUACAUCUUUCUGUCCUAUCUUCCUUGAAGUGAUCACAGAUUUAAAUUGGUUGGAUUGGUGAAUGUAACCUUGCUUUCACCCAUCUUGUCACGUAGAGCUAUGAUUUUCUCAAGGAAAUUAGGAAGGAAGGAUACAUUUCUGAAGUAUUCAGAGGGUGUUCAUAGUUUUACUACCUGAUGACUAGUAGGGCUGCAGCAUGCAUGACAGCUAGUGGCUGGAAACACAAUAUACAAUGACCUUGUGUUGCAACGUCCUGUCUCGGUUUUAUGACACGUAAUGCACUAAUAUGUAAACAAAGAGAGCGUGACACAUGGACAAUAGGGGCGGCAGGUAGCCUAGCAGUUAGAGAGGAGAGCCAGCAACUGGAGGGUUGCCCGUUCGAAUCCUGGGUCCAAUGGACCACACUGGCGGGAAGUGAGCUGGCAGGGUUGCUGGUGUCAAAUCCUAGAUGCUGUUGCCUGCCAUUGUGCCCUUGAGCAAGGCACUUAACUCCACCGAACAACAGCUCCCCGGGAGCCCAGUGUGGCAACCCCCCACACCUCUCCAAAAAACCUGUAUAUUUAUGUGUGUCUUUCGGAGGGGUUGGGCCUUGUGUGCAAUUGACCAAUACAGUUAUCUUAAUCUUAACAAUGAACAGCAGGCAGCAGGGCCUUUCAAGGAAGCUUGACUUUGCAAUAUUCUCUCUGAUGAGACACGUCUGAAGUGAAAUGGCAUGAUCUCCAUCCCACAUGGCACCCUAUUCCCUAUGUAGUGCACUACUUUUGACAAGGGCCCCACAUGUUUUUUCUCAUAGGGCUCUGGUCAAAAUGCACUUCAUAGGGAAUAGGGUUCCAUUUGGGAUGCACACAUGGUGACUAGGAGGAACCGAGCACUCUGAAACUCACUCACACUGCUUUGUGGUUGGUGUGGGCUUGGCUGCAACACUCACACAGGAAUUUCCCUCCCUCCAGCCCUCUUCCAGCCCAGCUGUCUGGGAACAAUACAGAGUCAUUUACAUACUAAGAGCUCUAGGCUUCGGUGAGCCAUCCAUGGCCGACAAUAGGCUGGGACAGAGAGAGGGAGAGCGAGAGGGAGAGCGAGGACUAUCUCUUUAUCCACAUGACAAUAGGAUUGGGAAGGGCAACAAGACCUUAGACCAAACUAGUGUUUCACACCAUGAUGGCUUUUAAAAGGCCUAGUUUGAGUUUCUUGAUGAGAAAACCAGAAGUAUCACAAAUGACUUUUAUGUCAAAUUAUGUUUUAUAAAAGAAUAAGCACUGUCUUUUAUGGACAUACAUUUUCUUUAGAUUAAAAAAUAAUAUAAUGUUAACAUUAGUUUAUGUGUAAUUAUUAGGUAGUGAACAGUUCGCAUAACAAGAGCUUUAAAAUAUUGUCUAUAGGUUUGUCAGAAUAUAUACAAUCAAGAGUAAGUUGUACAACCCCCACACAUAUGCUUAUAGAUGUUUCCGAUAAGAUGCAUGUUUUGGGUACUACAGAAAAACAGCUGUGUCUUUGUCAUUCAAAUAUGUUAACAUGAUGUAACCUGUUUUUAUGUCAACAUGUGAAAUAUGAAAGUGUAAUUCCUUUCUUCCCCUCGUCUUCUGUUUCCCAUUAUUUUUUGUAAAGUAUAUUGAGACAACUUGUUUGUGAAACUAUACUAUAUACUUAAACAAAUGUUGAUUUGCUAUCCUCCUUCAGGUUUGCAACUGGUUCAUCAAUGCGCGUCGUCGGCUCCUCCCGGAGAUGCUGCGGAAAGAUGGUAAAGACCCCAACCAGUUCACCAUCUCUCGUAAGGGCAGCAAGGGAGGCGACGGGGGCUUCUCUGAAUCCAGCUCCCAGUCGCCCAAGCACGCCACAGCCGCCACGGGCCCAGAGGACAGCUACGACCAGCGGGCGCUGCACCCCUCCAGCUUCGAGGCAGGCCUCCCUAGCCCCAGCGUCCUGCAGAAGGCCAUAUCGUCCCCUAAGAUGUCCCCCUCCUCCUCCCCGGGGCCUGCCACUACAGUGCCCCCCCGGCCCUCGGUCAUCUGUCACACCACUGUCACCACCACUGCCAUGCAGAAACAGGGCUCCAGCCCUCCCUCCUCCCUCUCCUGCUUACUCUCCAGCAGGAAAACAGACCACAGUAGGGCUGCAGAGCUGCUGCAUUCCACCACAGAAGCACUGGGGCUCUUCAGAUGCCAGGAGGAAGGGCUGGGCGCCUCGGCAAUGACCACCACCAUGGAGGGUAACCUGAGCCCCCAGAGUGGGCUCUUCAAUACCCCUCCCCCCACCCCUCCAGACCUCACACAGGACUUCAGCGGCUUCCAGCUCCUUGUGGAUGUGGCCCUCAAGCGGGCGGCAGAGAUGGAGCUGCAGGCUAAACAACUGGUGUCUUAA